CUCUUCUAUGAACACUGAAGGCACGUCUCUGUUCAAGGAGAAACUGUGUUAUGGUUUAUUAAAACAUCCGUUUUUUAAAACGUUCCAGCUGUUGCGUUAAACGUGGCCGUCGCUGUUCGUGCGGAUCAUAGGCUGAUGUGCGCCCUCGGUCUGUCUCAGACUGCCGCUGAAAGUUACUUUAAAGACUUAUAUGAAUCCGUAAAGUCCAAGUGUGAAGAGACGACAUCAUGUCCACAUCCGUGGAAAUAACUGAUUAACCGAGAGCUUCUGACGUUUCACUGUCCAGGAUACAGCGGCGGUCGUGGAGGUAAGGUUCCCAGUCCUGUGUGGGAUGUUAACGGACUGGUGGCGCGUUGAGGCUGAAGGAGCAUGGUGAAACACCAACCCUUGCAGGUCUAUGAGAAGCAGGUCUUUGUGUCCUUUGUCACUGGGAUCUAUGGUUGCCGCUGGAAACGCUACCAGCGUUCCCAAGACGACAGCUCCAGGUGGGAGUGUACAUGGUUCGUCAUCUUGUGCAGCUCUUUCUUUCUGCUUCUCUUUUGGGCGUACUUCUGGUUGGUGGCUCGAAAUGAUUUCAACGAAUUCAACUGGUCGGUAUACAACCGCUCUGGAGAGUGGAAGGAUGAGACGAUCCCCAUCCUCGCAUCCACCACCGUGGGAUUCAGCUACAUCACAUUCUUAAUGAUUUUAGCACUCUUCCAUAUAUCCUUGGGCCAGCAGCUCAACUUGUACUGGGUUCACAAGAUUGGCGUGUUGGCUACGCUGCUCACCACUAUCUCUGGUGUUGUCUCUGUUGAUGAUAUAUGGGGAGAUGAGUGGGACAUCCUGCUUGUAUCACUACAGUCCACAGCACCUUUCCUGCACAUUGGAGCCCUGGCAACAGUCACAGCUAUCAGCUGGUUGGUAGCUGGAUAUGUGGUCCGCAGAGAGCGAUCCAGCUUCCAGGUGAUGGUGUUGGUGAUCUACAUUGUCAUCCUCCUGGCUCUCUGUUUGGCACCGCUCUCAUUUAACUGCCCCUGCAUCAUGGACCGCCACAACCUCAAACCUCGACCAGACGUCAUUGGCCGACGGGGAGCUCCUAUGCUGGCUCCAGAAAACACCAUAGUGUCCUUCAACAGAGCCCUGCAGCAUGGAGCCAGCUCCCUGGAGGCAGACGUCACGAUCAGUGCGGACGGCGUUCCCUUCCUUAUGCGAGACCACACCAUGAGACGAACCACGGAUGUUAGUAAGGUCUUCCCAGUCAGACAGAAUGACGAUGCCUCUUUCUUCAACUGGACAGAGAUUCGCUCUCUGAACGCAGGCCAGUGGUUUUUGGAGAGUGACCCCUACUGGACAGUAGAAACCCUUACAGCCAGGGAACGGAGCAGAAUAGGCAACCAGACGGUUUGCAGUCUGGUGGAAAUGCUGCGUCUGACGGCCAGGGCUAACAGCUCGGCGCUGCUCAACAUCCGGAAGCCUCCACCAGAGCACCCGCGCUACCGGAACUGGUUCAUGGACACGUUUUGGGCUGUGCAGAAGGCAGGCAUUUCCCAGAAGAGGGUGAGGACUGUAGGUCCCUCCAUAUUUGUUCCUUUGAUUCAUUAUUAAAGGUGCUGCUUGUAGUACUGUGACCCCAGUAAAUCAUGAGUACAUUAACAGCUGUCACUGAGAUUGGUAGCUGGUGUUGUCCUACAGUAUUAGGAUUUUUACAAAGUGUGUUACUAUGGCGAAUACUGUGGAAAAUUUACAGGAUUGCUUUUAACAGACAGUUAGCAGAUACUGUUCUUUCUGCUGUUACAAACUGCUGCAAGGAUUGAAAGCCGAGAGUAAAUAUCUAUUCCAACAUAGUGCAUCAGGCCUAAUAAGUUAGACACACGUUUAGUAACAUCCGGGAGAGGCAAGGACAUAUAGCACCAAAAAGGAAUGUAUUCUUUAAAGGUUCAGUGUGUAAUAUUUCUGAGGAUCUAUCGACAGAA